AUGUAUUCUAUUUUGCAUGAAACUGAUGAUGCUACUUCUGUGAAUUUUUGUUUUUGGGGGAAAUUUUUACCAAAUGCAGAUUUGUUAGUAACUGCUGGCGCAAAAACUUUACGUUUUUUUCGAUUAAAUAAUUGUGGUAAUUCAAUUAAUUCUCCUCAAUUAGAAUGUUUACUUUCAUUUACAAUGAUGGCACCAAUCCGUGGAAUGGCUGUAAUAAGGCUAGAAGAUUUCCCUGACUUUGACGCAUUAGCUUUAACAUUUGAUGAUGCCAAGCUUUCAAUUGUCAACAUUAACCCUUCCACAAUGACACUUAACACUCUUUCUUUACAUUCAAUAGAAGAUGAAUUAUUACGUGAAGGUUAUGCCAAAGAUAUCCAUCAUCCUGUCCUUUGCGCUGAUCCAGAGAGUCGUUGUUGUGUUUUUACUGUUUAUGGAAGACAUUUGGCUGUUGUCCCAAUUAAACGAAUUAACAGGGUUAAUAAGGAAAAUGAUUGUCUUCCAAGUAAAGAUGGACGUCAGAUUUUAUUGCAAAGUUACACAAUCAAAUUGAGGUCACUCGACGAACGUCUAGAGAAUAUUCAUGAUAUGUGCUUUCUGCAUGGAUAUUUUGAGCCAACAAUUCUUUUUCUUUAUGAGCCAAUCCAAACAACAGCUGGAAGAGCAGCAGUUCGUUUUGACACUGUCUCUAUUCUGGCUGUUUUUCUGAAUUUAAAAGACAAAAUACAUACAGUUGUUUGGAAUUUUUCCGGUUUUUUUAAAUUUAAUUAUUUUAUUUUUAUUUUAGGCCUUCCAAUGAACAUAAAUCGUUGUUUGCCUAUUAACCCUCCAAUUGGGGGAAUUUGUUUAUUUGGUGCCAACGAAAUUGUUUAUUUAAAUCAAUCUGUCCCACCAAGAGGAAUUUCUUUAAAUUCUUGUUCUGAAGAAUUUAUUAGAUUUCCAUUAAGUAAUCAACAACAAAAUUUAAAGUUAGUUUUGGAAGGCUGUGCUGUAGAAAGGGUAUCAAAUUCUCCUAACGAUGUUUUUGUUGUUUUGUCUAAUGGAGAUUUAUAUAUUUUAUCUCUUGAAACUGACCAAGCAAAUGUUGUUAGAAAUAUGCAUUUGACAAAAACUUUUGAAACAUCAAUUCCUUGUGUUCUUACAAGUUUCUCAACAAAUUUUCUUUUUGUUGGUUCCAGACUUGGAGAUUCACAAUUACUACGUUAUUCACUAGACAAAAUACGAGGCUCAAAGGAUUAUUCAAAUAAUCAGGAUUUGGUAAAUCAUUCGCGAAUUUUAUUCAAUGAUGAUGAUAUUUUUCUUUAUGGCGAUGAUUUUUGUAAAAGUUUUUUAAUUGAAGAGAUGACAGCUUCUGGUCAUGGGAAGGAUUCUUCGCUUUGCCUCUAUCAUCGCUCUGUCCGACCACAAAUUAUAACAAGCACAUUUUUGGAUGAAGCUCAACAAAUUUGGACUAUCGGUCGUCAUUACGACGAUAUGCACAAAUAUUUGCUAAUUUCUCGUGAACGCAGCACCGUUGCCUUAGAAUUACACAAUGAUAUGAUCGAAUUGGAUACCCCACUCUUUUGCACUAAUGAGUCAACAUUGAUGGCUGGGGAUUUGGCAGAAGGAAAUGUUGCUGUACAGGUCUGUAAAUUUUUUUGUCCAAUUUAUUCCAAACAUAUUAGCAUUAUUCUCGUCGCAAAUAAUCAACAAAUCGACUGCAUUUCAAUUGACUCAAGUUUUCCAGUAAUUUCUGCUUCGCUUAUUGAUCCUUAUUUGGCUCUUCUUACACUAAAUGGUCGUUUUUUCCUUUAUCAAUUGUUUACAAAGCCAAACAUUCAUCUUAAACAGAUACCAAUUCUAAAUGUGCUCAAGCACGAAAAAUCGCCUAUCACAGCAAUUUCACUUUACAAGGAUUGCAGUGGUUUAAUUCAAUAUUCAGACAAUAAAAAGAUUAUUGAACAGGAAGAAUCGUCGUCUGCAAAUGAAAAACUUUUAUUUCCAAAAUCUAAUUCCUUAGAUUCUUCUUUAAUCAAAAAUGAGAUGGAUGAAGAUUUGGCAACAAAAGAACAACUUAACGAAGAGGAUGAUAUCGAUGCAUUUCUUUAUGGAGUUACAGAAAAGGAGCGGAAUAAAACUGAACAUCAAAAUGAACCGCAAAAACAAAAAAUAGAAGCACAAAAGCAGCAACAGAAAAUUAGUUGGCUUACAAUUUCAAACGAGAUAUCAAUUAAUGCCAAUACUGAUGAAUUUGUUGAACGCCCAUCUAAAAUUAUACCAACUUUUUGGUUGUUUUUUACUCGUGAAAAUGGCAAUCUUUACAUUUACAAUUUACCUAAUUUACAAUUAGUUUAUGUGGUCAGAAAGUUUUGUCAAUCUCAUGAUGUUCUCUAUGAUGAUGUACAAUCUGCAAUUGAUGAUGAACAUAGGCCUUCUCAACAAUCAUUUAUGAACACACCAGUUAUUGUGCCACAACCCGCUGAAAGCCUUUCCUCUGAUACAAUUAAAAUAUUCGAACUACAAAUGUGUGGGCUUGGAAUGAAUUGUGGCCGGCCUGUUCUUUCCGCUCUGUUUGAUGAUAUGGUUGUCUUCUAUGAAUUGUUUCCUUAUGAUGAUAAUAUUAAUGGUCAUCUUGCCAUCAGGUUCAAACGUCUCCCCUGCACUGUAGUUAUACGAGAGAAACGUUUUCUUGGCCCUAAUGGCAGAGCGCAAGUUGAGGCACAUGAAGUUGAGGAUAGACACAGACAACGAAUUUUUCCUUUUGGUUCAUUGAGUAAUUUGUCUAAUGGAAUCUUUAUUGCUGGCGCAUACCCUUCAAUUCUACUAAUAAAUCGUAGUGGAGUUCAACUCCAUCCAAUGACCAUCGACGGACAAAUAACGGCUUUCUCACCAUUCAAUAAUGCUAAUUGCAAAAAUGGCUUCUUGUAUCUCACAAAAAAGCCAGAACAUAUGAUGCGUGUUGCAACUUUGAACUCAGAUAUUGACUAUGAUUGCUCAUAUCCACAUCGUAAAAUCCCAAUUGGACAAACUAUUAGCCAUGUAGUUUUUAUGCUUCAAGGAGACCUCAUCAUGUUAGUAACGAGUGAAAAGAAGCCAAACAAAACUGUUUGUACUAUUGUGAAUGAGGAAAAGCAAGUGGAGACACAUGAUCGUGACGAAAAUUUUAUUUUGCCAAGCAUUGAUUCAUACAAACUUAGGCUCUUUUCAACGGAAGAUUGGAAAUUUGUGCCAAACUUUGAAUUUCAAUUGGAGGAGUUUGAAGUUGCAACAGCCUGUGAAGAAGUAUUGCUAACCUCUGAAAGCACAGUUUCUGGAGUAAAAAAUUAUCUGGCAUUGGGAACAGCUAUCAAUUAUGGAGAGGAGGUGUAUGUUCGUGGACGAGUAGUGCUUUUUGAGUUAAUUGAAGUAGUGCCAGAGGAAGGAAUGCCUACAACACGUCACAAACUUAAAACAAUUUAUGACAAGGAACAAAAAGGGCCUGUAACUAGUUUAUGUGCAAUUAAUGGAUUUUUACUUACUGGAAUGGGUCAAAAGAUUUUUAUUUGGCAAUUUCGUGACAAUCAAUUACAUGGUGUUUCCUUUCUUGAUUUACAUUUCUACGUUCAUCAUAUGGUUGCUUUUCGUGAUUUUGCAUUAGCUUGUGAUUUAUAUCGUUCUCUUUCAUUAAUUCGAUACCAGGAAGAAUUUAAAGCACUUUCAUUAGUUUCACGAGAUUUACGCCCAACAGCCCCAACCCCAAUGACUGCUCAAUUUAUCAUAGAUCAUAAACAACUUGGAUUUAUUCUUACGGACGAAUUGGCUAACAUAACUUUAUUUAAUUAUUUACCUGAAAUGAAAGAAUCAAUUGGUGGUGAACGGUUAAUUAUUAGAGCAAUAUUAAAUAUUGGAUCAUUAAUUAAUACUAUUGUGCGAGUUAAAGGGCAUACUUCUGAAUGUUUCAUUGAUUCAGAACAACAACGUGGAAUACAAACUUGCUAUUUUGCUACAUUAGACGGUUCUUUUGGUUUUAUCAAGCCUAUCAUCGAAAAAGUUUUUAGAAGACUACACAUGUUACAACAAAUGAUGAAUAUGUAUGUACCUCAACCAGCAGGGUUAAAUCCUCGUGGUUCACGUGCUGGACGUCCACAAAAGACUGGAACUAAUCAACAAAUAAGUGCAGCAAAAAAUAUUAUCGAUGGUUUACUAGUAAUGCAAUAUAUGCAUUUAAGCUCUCAAGAAAAAACAGAUUUAGCUAAAAAGUUGGGAACAAGUAAAUAUCAAAUAAUUGAUGAUCUCACUGAGUUAAUUAGAAUUACUUCUCAUUAUUAA